AGAGGCGUGUCCACAGACCAGUAUAAAGUCCAAAGAGAGCCACUCAACUUGAGCCAUUCUUUGCACAGCGGCGAUAGGAGAGCCUGCAGCUGUUGUUGACCUCCCUUCCUGCACCACAAGGCAGCGAGACCCUGGACCGCACCUGAACCAGUCGAAACGUCCGUCCGUGCCAUGGUCCAUUGAGUCGCUGUGUCAAAGACCCUCCGGGACAAAAGACGUUCUUUGUAGUCCUCUUCUCUUAAAAACUUGCGCAGGCCCGGAGAAGCCUAGGUCAGGUGUCGCCAUGGUGCACCCCGGUGGCCUGUGGGCUCUCUCGACUCUGACGCUGGCCGCGCUGUGCUGGUCGGACCAGGCCAUCCGCUGCCCAGUGUGCUCCGAGGAGAAGCUGGCCAGCUGUCAGCUGCCGGACAACUGCGAGGAGACGGUGCGGGAGCCCGGUUGCGGCUGCUGCCCCACCUGCGCCCUGCCCAAGGGGGCGCAGUGCGGCGUCUACUCCCCGCGUUGUGGCACGGGCCUGCGCUGCUACCCGCCAUUGGGCAUCGAGAGGCCACUGCACUCGCUCAUGCACGGCCAGGGAGUCUGCACCGACGAGAGGGAGGUGGACGAGAACUCGGUGAUGGAGCGACAGGAUGAAAUCAUCCCCGAGCAUCCAAACAACAGCAAUAUCCGAUGCAGUCCGCAAGACAAGUGGUGCAUACAGAAAAACCUGGCACGGCAUCCAUCAAAAUCCACAAAUCAGAGAAGCAACACAGCAAGGGAGGAAGCCAAGGCAGCGCUGGCACCCUGCCGUGCUGAGCUACAGCGAGCACUGGACAGAUUGGCAUCGAAUUCCCGCACACAUGAUGAUCUCUUCACCAUUCCCAUUCCCAACUGUGACAAGAAUGGAGAUUUCCAUGCUAAGCAGUGCCAUCCUGCACGUGACGGCCAGCGGGGAAAGUGUUGGUGUGUGGACCAGAAGACCGGCUUGAGACUUCCAGGCCCUCUGGAACAGCGAGGGGAACUAGACUGCCACCAGUUAAUGACUGCAAUGCUGAGAGAUUGAAAACGAAGGGGUUUUGUGUUGAGGGUACGGAGCAGCUUAGUUCCAUAGGGGCUUAUGAGCUGAUCUAAAACGUGGAACCCCCCCCUCUCUCCCCCACAGUCACUUCAUUCGGGGCCAAAGGUACUUGAGCUUGUACAACAAAAGGGAAGAAGUUUGAAUAUGAAAUUAGUUAUUUUGUCGUUUUCUUUCUCUACGUAUGUCUUUUGAGGUAUGGUUUCUACCACGGGGGCGCUCACACCCAGGACGGCCGUGGACAUACACUAUAAAGCAGUAAAAAUAUGCUGACGAGAAACCUUUGUAUUUCCUGUAGUAUCAUGUAAAUGAAUGUCUAGAAUCCAACAGUAGAAUUCAAAGUAAAAAAAAUAAAACAAAUAAAAAGUGUAGUCCAGUUUUAACCAGCGUUGAAAAUAUGAAGAGGAAAAACAAAAAAGUAGAGCCAAACUCUUCUUCCACAACCAGAUGAUUAAAAUUUUACAACAGCGAGGCAACGGUCUUAAGCAAAGCCCAGAAAAUGUUUUAUUACCGAGUGAUAGAUCUUCAAACCCCUCUAUUUGCCAAGGACUUGUCUCUCCAACACAUUAGUCCCAAAGGACUUGGAAUACUGGGCUAAAAAAAAAAAAAAAAAAAAAAAAAAAAAAUACUGGUAAAUUCAGCUAGCUCAUGUUUUUUUUUAAAUAAAUGACAUGAGCGCCUAUUUGCAACAUUGUACAUAAGCUUUGCACACCACUCUGGCUGAGUAUUUCAUAGGCGAGUGUGGUAAAAAAUAUAUAAUAGCCUUACAAUAGGUAUGUGUGCGUGUGUGUGUGUGUGCGUGUGUGUGUGUGCGUGUGUUUGUGUGUGUGUGUGUGUGUGUGUGUGUGUGUGUGUGUGUGUGUGUGUGUGUGUGCAGGGGGGGUAUGUUUGAUACAUUUUGUACAACAAAAAUGCUAAUACCGAUAUAGGUCAAUAUAGCCAGCAUUCUUUGCAGCAGGGGUUCUUAACCUACUUGACCCUGGGCCCCAACUUUUCCACCACCAUUGCUCAAAUAUUAGCACUGAAUUACUCAUCUUAACUCUUGAUUUGAAUCAUAUUCAAUAAUUAUAUAUUGAACCUACUUACAGUUCACAACCCUUGUCAAAAAGAUAUGAGAACGUGUGUUAAUCACAAAGAUUAUUAUCAAGCCAUUAGUACAAGCUAAAGACACAUUUAAAUAAGGUGCUCCACAUCAGUUAUCAAUUGCAUACGCAGUCUUAGUACAUCACACGCAACACGCCCACUAAUGGUACAUGUACUUUUAUUGUUCGCACACGUUGUUUAGCGCAUGGUAUUCGGAUAUUGGUAGAUCAAACCUAAAGAGUCAAAUUUGCCUUGCACAAACGUUAAAUAAAAUGAGUGAAUGUAUCUACACCCACGUCACAAAACCCAGCAUCACAAUACAUAAAAAAAAAAAACAGUGCCUAAGAAAUGCUUGGAACUUGUCUAUCAAUUUGAUGUUUUCAGUGUUUUAAAAUGAAGUGGGCUAGGCGAUACGGCCUUUUUUAAAAAUCUCUAUAUUUUUUAGGCCAUGUCUCGAAACACGAUAUAUAUCUCCAUAUUUUGCCUUAGUCUUGAAUGAACACUUGAUGCAUAUAAUCACACAAGUAUGAUGAUUCUAUGUGUCUACAUUAAAACAUUCUUCUUCAUACUGCAAUAAUAUAUGCUCAUUUUAAACUGUCAUGCAGAGAGGGAAAUCAUAACUAAGUCAAUUGGCCAAAACUGUAUUCAUUAAACAGUUAUUAAGCAGUGGCACAAACAUUCAUGUAAUUUCCAAAACAGAAAGUACAAGAUUGUCAGAGACAUUUUAAAACAAGCUAUUAGUGCACUUUUGUGCAUAAUGUCACUAAGAUGACGUAUCAAAACAACACUAAAUUAAAGUGCACUUUUUGUACAGAACCCCACUAAAAUAGUUUAAAACAAAUAAAGUGCACUUCUGUGCAUGAUGUCACACAAGAUAUUUCAAUAACUGUCAAAUAAAGAUGAGAUGCAUAAUAGGAAAUCACAUAGUGUUCGUCCUCUACAAUGUGGUAGUUUACUGCGGACAUUAUCUCCUUUUUUGUUGACUAUUUUUUUUCAUACGGUGUUGAUCUGGAAAUGUUUGCCUCGGCCAUUUUGAUGGUGUUGCACCGAACGGAGAUGUUGAUAUGCGGAGUAAUCACUCUUCAUUCUCUCGCAGGUGACUUUUCAAAUGACGCUACAUAUUAGCAGUAAUGCUACUUUUUGUAGCAACGCUUUAGCCCCACAUUUGACAAAUUACGGUUGUCUGUUCGACAUAUUCCCACUUGAAGCCAAACCACCGCCAGAUGAUGGACUCCCUGCUGUUUUUCUUGGGAAUGAAUUCUUCCUACAUUUGUUACCAGAUUCGCACCUUCUUUCUCUCGUAUUACCACUCGCACGGUUCCGCUAGCAUCACAGCUAACUUUACCCAUAUUGCUACCUCUCUGCUCCGCGAGGGCGUAUACGUAUGUGACGUAUGUAAAAAGGUGCUCUUGCGGUCUGUGAGAAAGAGAGACAACAAAGAGUGAUAAAAGCCUGUCGUGUAAUGCCAGUAGCUGAAAGCAACUGCAUGAGAACGUCUACUCGAAUAUCACGAUAUCGUCAUUUUCUAUAUCGCAGAGAGAGAAACCCGUGAUAUAUCGAGUAUGUCGAUAUAUCGCUCUGCCCUAGUUGAUAUUGCCAAAAAACAAGACCUGAAAAGCUGACAAGCACAAGUCAGAAUAUCUCAGUUGUAAAAAAUUGCAUGCACUCAUUAAGUAAAAUACUUUUUGUUUUCUUGUCAAAAGUGGGGCACACUAAGACACUGACAGUGCGACCGAAAUUAUGUAAAACAGUUCAGUAAUAUUGUACAGUGGUACCUUUGUUGACAUGUUUGCCAAAACGUUCACGGUCUCAGUAAUCAAACAUUAUGCACAGCAAGCUAGUCCGUUUGCAUGUGUAGAAUUCUGCGGAAUCGAGUUCCCCAACCAAAAAAACCCUCACGCAUUGGUGCCUUUUUGAUUUUUGAGUACAACUGCCAAAGAACCCAACGCGGUACCAAAGAAAGUCGCGAGUGUCAGCACUUUGAUAAAAACCCUACUAAAUUCAGGUAGGGAUUUUGUAGCCAAGAGUCUUGGAUCAAGGUAAAAUUUACAUUUUUUUUGUCAUUUAUAAAUAUUUCACAUUGUGUUGUGGAUACAAAACUAUAAUUAUUUUCCAUAAAAUGUGUUCUAUGUUGAUAUUUUUGGGUAUUACUUAUUCAUAUAAUUUGGUUUUAAUCUGACCUUUUGGAAAGAGUUACUCACUCACUUUACCAUGAAUUGAUUAACGUGGACCCCGACUUAAACAAGUUGAAAACCAUAUCCGGGUGUUACCAUUUAGUGGUCAAUUGUACGGAAUAUGUACUGUACUGUGCAGUCUACUAAUUAAAGUUUCAAUCAAUCAAUCAAAAAAAAAAUGAGGUACCACUGUAUUAUAUUAUAAAAAGUCAGAUUUUCCAAAGACAAAGACUGUGAGGAUGUCCAUACCAACGUUCUUGGACAACGAUGGCCUAUUAUUCCAUGGCUUGUCAAACACAUUUUUGAGUCAAAUGACCGCUGUCUUUCGGAAAACUAACAAGUUUUGUCGGCGUUGAGUUGACUUGGCUCUAGUUUGUCUCGUCGUAGUACUGAACUGUAACAACUUGACUAUAGAAUGUGUAGAUUAGUGUCAGACAUGUUUUGCAUGCAUAGAAGUCACCCAGGGGGGCUGAACAGAGAGCUUGUGUGUUUUGUCCAGGACAUUUAUAUUCUAACACUGAAAUGAUUAAUGAACUGAGAGCGAGAUUUGCAUCCAAUGAAAUGAUUAGUUACAUGGUUUAUUUAAUAAAAAUGUAAGCAUUGUAAUGCAUUAAUAAAAACCUUUUAGAAACGAAA